CCAAAUCACUGCUUAUUUUGCUUUAAGUUGCAUCCUUUUCAUUGCGUACAGUCUCUCAAGAGGCUGUUGAUGUAACCAUUGGUGAGCUCACUGAGUUAAGGAGAUGACGAAACAUCUUUGCUUUUUGAGCAUUGGAAGAAGAUGACAAGAGAGGUGAAAGAAGAGGUUGAUAGGAUGAAUCCUCCGUUGAUGUUUCCUCGGGUCCACGUUAACGAUGCCGAGAGAGGAAGAACGACGUGGUCUCAGUCGAGGAUUCCUUCGCUGAGUCUCGUCCCGGAUUCACUUCUCCCAACCGCCACCAAUUCUAGCGGCAGAUCUUGUUUCGCUGGUGGACACAAGACUGAUAUGUUUAUACCAUUUGCUUCGCCCUUGAAGUUUGCUGAUAAACUGAAUCCGUCCUCGAACAGUGUUGGUAAGUCGAAUUUCACUGUCGAUAGCCUUGAGUGGAAGACCGGAAAUGGCCCGGAUUAUCCGAAUAUCAUAGGAUCCUUCUCGUCGGCUGAUAAACCCGAUUCAUCGAAACGGGAUGGCUACCAUUUCAAGAACUUCUCUAUCAAGAAUCUGGACGGCUUGGAUUAUCUUAAAGCUCCUAGAGUUGGACGGUCGGAAACAGACACGGACUUGGCCCUCCAGCUUCACAACAAUAGCAGUGAAGCCACUGUGUUUGAGGAGAAUACGAGAAGUCGGUUUCGGGACAAAGCAACAAUCCAUUCUCAGGAUUUCUACAACUCUCCUGUGAAUCGACUUUCAGGACCGAGAAAUCAAGAAACAUUAUGUUUUUCCCAGAAUGUUCUUAGCAAUAUGCCCUUUAGAGAGAACUACUCUUUGUUAGGAGAUGCAGGAACAAAGAGUUCUAUCAAGGUUAGAACUCAGUUGUACAGAAGAAAUCUCAUUGGAUAUAAUGAUAAAAGUCCAAAGAAACUCGAAGAAUCUAUAUAUCAGAAAGAUCGAGUAAUGGGCGGUGAUAAUAGCCACGAAAAUGUCUCGGGCUGCUCGGUUAUAGACUCGGCCUCUGGUUGGAAUGCAUCUCCGGAAAAAUUUGUCAAAGCAAUAGGGAACAAACGGUUUCAGAAGAUGAGAACGGCUAUGAUAAGACAUCAGAGGAUCUUUGCAGGACAAGUUUUUGAGUUGCACAGAUUGGUUUCAGUUCAAAAGAGGCUUGCAAGAUCACCAAACUUGUUUCUUGAAGGUAAUUGUAACCCUAGAAAGCCUGCAACAUUGAAGAAAUCAUCAUCAAAUCUUCUGGAAAUCGCUCCGAAGGUGAAACCCAACACCGAGAAACUGAAUCCUGAAACCGAAUCACCCGAGAAGGGUACUAUACCAAAGUUUCCACUACCUUCCAUAACCAAAGAACUUAUCUCCACCAAGCGCUGUAAUUCCAUGGUGGCAACUACUCGAUCAUCAUCAUCAUCUCCAUGGUGGUUUUCGGCUCCCGGGAGGCAGUGGUUAGUUCCUGUAGUGUCCCCUUCCGAAGGGCUGGUCUACAAACCAUACACUGGACCGAGUCCCCCAACUUCUGGAUUCAUGCUUCCAUUUUACAGCAACGACUCCAUUGAAGACGCAUUAGGGUUUCCCUUGUCUCAUCCAUUACAGCAUCAUGAGAACCCAUUUUCUCAAAUGCAAAGCUUGAGCAGCUUAUCGAGCCGUGUCAGCAAAGCAGUGCCUUUCUCCUUACAGAACUCUCGUGAAUCUAAAGACAGCGACGUACAAGGAAGUACAGCUUCAAGCCCUCCUGAAAGGCAUAAACGACAAGUGCUUCCUCUUUUCCCGACAGAACCAACACGACAAAACCUAGAAACAGACGUACACGGACAACAAGAACCGCUUCACCCCAUCAAGACAACCCCUUAUACUUCAACUUCAGCUUCUGAAUCUGCUGCAAGAAUCUUUCGUACGAUACAAGAAGAGAGGGGACACGUACACGCCGACAACAUGAUUCAUUAAGUCUUUUUCUUCCUUUUUCUUUUUUCCCCCAACUCUCUU